AAAAGAAGAGAGAGAGAGAGAGAGAGAGAGAGAGAGAGACAGAAGCAUUGCAUAAUCCGAGCUGAUCUUCGAUGAUGACAGGAAGACGACAAUGGCGCAAACCCUAAUCUGAUAGACGAUUCCUCUCUUCCGUUUGCCAGUCGGCGCAAGCCUCUCUCUGUGUCAGUUUCUUCCUGGAUUCGGGCCCCUGGGUCUAGGGCCUCCCUCCCGGAUCGCGAAAUGCCAUCGAUUCUGGACCGGAGCACCAACUCCUCGCCGUCGUCGCCCCCGCCUCUGCCGCCCGCCCCCGUCGUCGUCCCCACAGCUCAGGAGCCGAACGCCACCUCCCCGGAUUUCAGCCCCGUCUGCCCGGGCUUCUUCUACGACGCCGUCCUGGUCGUCGCCGCCGCGCUGUUCGUGCUCUUCCUGGCGUACCACGCCAAGAGGAACUUGAAGAAGCUGUUCAAUGGGCGGUCUCAUGUCAUGAUCUCCUACUACGCGCUCCUCUGGGUGGUGUCGCUGCUCAACCUUGCUUGGUGCUCGCUUCAGGCUUGGCAGUGCACUCCCGGAAGCGAGACUGGCUGGAACAUCCUAUCGCUGUUUACCAAAUCGGGGCUGCUAUGUAUGGAGAUCAGCUUGGUAGCUUUUCUGCUCCAAGGAAAUUACGCAAACGGAUUGGAAGCUUUGUCACGAACUUUCCGGGUCACGGCGAUGAUCAUUGGCGUCGAUAUUCUUUUGAAGGCUGUUUAUGUAUUUGGGUUCCGGGUGCCGUUGUUCUUCGAUGUUGGAAGUACACAUAUAGUGAAAUGGGCAUUGUGGAGUAUCCAUGAAAUAGUUAUAACUGCAGUCUAUUCCUUUGUGCUGUUCAUAAGAUUCUCAAAAUGGACCGAGGAGUUGCCUCCCAGACCAGCAUUCUACAGAUACAUUGUUGUCAUGUUUGUCAUCAAUUCAGUUGCUUUACUAGCCUGUAUGCUUGCUGGAAUUGGAGCUGGUUUUGGCACUUGGUUGUACAGUUUGAUAGUGAUCUGCUAUCAUGCGCUCUAUCUUCCCUUUCUCUAUGUGAUUUUUCUUGCCGACUUUUUCAAGGAGGAAGAUUUCCUUCUGGACAAUGCAUACUACUCGGAAAUGAAGGACGCUGGGUUCUUUGAUGCUGACUGGGAUUAGUGGAGAUUCUGGAAUGUCUCUAGAUGUAUACACUGUAUAUUAAUGUAAAUGAUUCAGGUCUAAGAGCAGUUGAAAAGAAAACGCGACACGAAAAUUGUAGAGGAAUUGUGAUGAUGGUGCAAAACUUUUUUCCUUCAUACCUGUUGAACUCUUAUCAUGAAUUCUUUGCCAAAGAAGACCAUUGGAAGGUUCUUAAAUGCUAAA